GCUCGGACGGGCGUUCGAGGCGGAUCCGGAGGGGCUCUCCUGGGCACCGCUCGGCCCCUGACGGCUGCUUUGCCGGCGGUGGCUCGCUCAGCCCUCGGCCCCUGCGCAUAGUCUCCCACGCCAGGGAGCAGUUUCGGGCGGCGUGGGCUCGGUCCUCUUCUUGGCCGGUGGGAACGGUGCGCCCAGGAGAGGAAGCCCGGUGGGCCCGGCCCCUCCCAGCCCAGCGCCGAUGAGUGCCAGGGCGCCCAAGGAGCUGAGGCUGGCGCUGCCGCCCUGUCUCCUCAACCGGACCUUCGCUUCCCCCAACGCCAGCGGCGGCGGCGACGCGAGCGCCCCGGGCCCCGGCCCGGGCGCCGGCACCUGCGUUACGCAGGUGGGACAGCAGCUCUUCCAGUCCUUCUCCUCCACGCUGGUGCUGAUUGUCCUGGUCACCCUCAUCUUCUGCCUCAUCGUGCUGUCCCUCUCCACCUUCCACAUCCACAAGCGGAGGAUGAAGAAGCGGAAGAUGCAGCGGGCUCAGGAGGAGUACGAGCGGGAUCACUGCGGCGGCGCCCGCGGCGCCAGGGAGCUGCCCCCGGCCGGCGGCCANGGUACUGUCCUGAUCGCCUAG